AUGGUCCCCGUUCUCCUCGAAAUACUACACAACACCGAAGUCUCUAUUCGCAAGGACUCUCCAGAGUACCAAUUUCGCCGCGCACUCCUCGACAUAUUACACCGAAUCACAUCCUCCGAAGGUAUACGCCAACAGAUUGGGCCACUCAUGCAAGGCGCUCUCAACAUUCUACGACAAGACAACGAAGAGAACGGCGUUACUUGCUGCAAGAUCAUCGCGGACAUUGUCCGAAUCUACCGCACCAUAUCUGUGGAGCUUGUCAACCAGUUCAUGGCCAUACUAGUCGACGUGCUUCGUAACAUGAAGGGUGUCGUUGACGAGCUGUUCUCCGAGGACUCUGCACCCCAGGAUCCCAACAUUGUCCUACACAGCAAACGAAGCUUCAAGGUCUUGAUCGAAAUGGGGAUGAUCAUCGUAACAUUCACGCAGGUGCACAGAACCCCCGUCACCUCUGUCAUCCAGUCGAACCUACCUCUCAACCUCGAGGUACUGUCGCUGGAGGCUCCGGCACAGAAGAAAGCGCGAGAAGACUAUGAAGCGAUGGGACGGUUUUGGGCUGGCAUGGCCCCCACCAUUCGUAACCCUCAAGCGUACACUGACUUCAUCAUCGCGCAAAUCAAGUUGGUCUCGUACCUGGCAUAUAUCUUCAGGCACUCGGCAGAAUUGUACGACACUUACGGAAACACCCUGCUGCUCGUAUCAUUGCGGCUACUGCAGGAUAUUCCAGCGCAUGCCGUCCCUGCUCGUAAAGACUUUAUGAUCGUGUUCCGGCAUCUAUUGGGUACUCCUUACAGAACAGUGUUGCUCCCACAAAUUGACAAGUUGCUCGACGAGAGCAUACUGCUUGGACCAGGAGUCGGAAGUAGAGAGACACUAAGAGCGACAGCCCUCGCCGCGGUGGCAGACCUCGUUCACCAUCUACGCAACGAUCUAACGACCCAACAGCUAGCGCAUAUCAUACAGGUGUAUUCCCGACACAUUCACAAUCCGUGUAUGCAGAAUAGCGUCCAUACGCUAGCGGCGAAGAUGAUUUUCAACCUCGUGGAUACGAUUGCAGUCAAGGAGACGCCGGCGCGUGCUGCGAAGAUAUUCUUGAUGUUGAUGGAGACGUGCGUGGAUAAGCUGGACUCCAUUAUCGACGUGCUGGACGAAGUCAAUGUGCGGUUAGAGAGAUCGAAGAAACAGGAGCCUGAGACGGGAAAGGUUUAUAUGGUAGAGAAAGCGAGACCCGUAGCCGUGUCCGUCUACGCCAUAGAGAAACCAGAGGACGUCGUCGCUGAAUCGCGACUGCUCUUCCGGACGCUCAUCCACGGAUUCCGCGCUUGCAUUACGUGCCUCCGCAAGGUAGAGACUCCUCUUCAAGACGGUUCCUUAAUCAUGCGCAUGUUCGAAGGCUGCAUUCGGUGUAUGUGUCUAUACGACACCGACGCACGAGACGCCAAUGAAGCCCUCGAUUGGCUGUCGGGAGCCUUGACCGAAGUGAAUCUCCAUAUCUUCCAAGAGGUCUGGACGCAGAAGGUAGACUUCUUCUUCAAAGCCGCACAGAAGCGUCCAGGUCUCCUUCACAUCUGCCAAACCGCCUUCCAACGCGAGUCGACGGCCCCAACUUUGAUUGCGAUUUUCCUUCGACACCUCAUCGGACUUCUCCCAGAGCUGGGCGAGUACGAUGACACCACAGCCAUCGUCGCGAUCAGGCUUUUCAAGAUGACCUUCAACGCGAUUUCUCCGUUUCCUCACCUGAUUGAGCCAAUCCUGGCUUCGCAUCUCUCGAAACUCAUCAUGGACUGCUUCCCUCUUGCUGCGAAGAGCUCUAAGCCGACGAACUACUAUCACCUUCUUCGAGCUUUGUUCCGUGCCAUGGGUGCCGCCGGGGGAAAAUACGAGCUCCUUUACAAGGAAGUUCUUCCGCUACUCCCGGAGAUGUUGGCGAACCUCAACACUCAGCUCAUGCUCUUUGACGGUUGGGUUCGCGAUAUGAUCGUCGAGCUUUGCCUGACAGUCCCACUUCGACUCACCCAUCUUCUUCCCCAUCUUCACUAUCUCAUGAAACCUCUCGUUUACGCUCUGCGGGGUGGUCAGGAGCUCGUUACUCAGGGUCUUCGUACCCUCGAACUCUGUAUCGACAACCUGACUCCUGAUUUCCUCGACCCGACGUUGAACACCGUCCUACGGGAGCUGAUGGAGGCUCUGCAGACUCAUUUGAAGCCCUUACCCGCAAAUCAUCAGCAUGCACAUUCGGCGUUGCGAAUAUUGGGGAAGCUUGGAGGCAGGAACAGGAGGUUGUUGGAGAAGGACCCGGAAAUGAAGUGGAAUUUCCUCUCCGACAUACCCAAGGUCAUGAUUUCGUUUGGCGGGAACGCCGAAGGGCUGGAGCUGGGAUCAAUGGCGGUGCUUGCUACGAAGGCUUUGAAGAGGUCGGGGAGUACGUACCGAGUGCACGCGUACAAUUAUUUGGAGAAUACGGUUACAGUUUUGUGGCAUCAGGGUGUGCGUGGUCGGAACGCGCAGGACAUGUUCGUCCAAUGCUUGGAGGCCCUGUUUGAUGCGGUUCAUCUACCGGAGGUUCAGACGCAGGCAGAACCUUUCAUCCGUGACCUCUCGCGACAGAUCUUUACCAAAGAAGUCCAGAGGGGAUCCACGGCCGACGUCACAGCGCGGCGAUACCCCAGUCAUCCGUUCGGCGCCUACCUUGACGCCAUGGCUCAUAGCCUGGCCCGUGAGUCGGUCAACGAGGCGAAGAAAGCAAACGAGUUCGUCGGGUCCAUCCUUCAAGACUUCGUCGCGAGUGGCCCCGGUGAAGGUUCGAUGAGCGAUAUGCUCAUCGUUCUUAGCCAGGUCGCCGGCCGAUUCAACGCCCUUUGCGUCGACGAGCCUUGGAUCCGAAAACGUGCUGGCUGUAAUGCCGUGAAACUCAUUCUCGAUAUUCCCGAUUUCGGCAUGAGGUGGAUCACUGAGCGGGAACCUGAUAUCGUUCGGACAUUCCUCCACGUUUUGAAGAACAUACCACAGGAUCUGACCAAGGACACCGAGGAGGUUCUCUCCAUACUGACCCGUAUUCUGAAGACAGCCAACACCGCCCCGGAGAGCCCGAAGAUAGCCCAGAUCAUCGGCCUCUUCUACGGCGAGCUCCUCAGCAUGAACCCCGUCGUCAGACAGGCGUCGGAGAACUGCAUCGGCUUGCUUUCCACUAUCGUAGGAAAAUCCGCAUCGGCCCUCAUAAUGCCCCAACGAGACCGCGUUCUGAACUCCAUCUAUCAAAAGCCUCUUCGAGCUCUUCCCUUUGCCAUGCAAAUCGGCUUUAUCGACGCUAUGCGGUUUUGUGUCAGUCUCGACCCACCUCUCCCGGAGCUGAACGAAGAGCUCAUCAGGCAUCUCCACGAGGCGCUGGCUCUCGCAGAUGCUGACGACCAGGCUUUACUUGGACGGGUCAAUAUCCGUCAAGGAAGUAUCGACAUCAUGAAGCUCCGCGUGGCGUCUAUCCGACUGUUGACGGCCUCGAUGCCGAUGACAGAUUUCUUUGCGAAGUAUCCUCCGACGAGACAGAGAGUAACGAGUGUCUACUUUAAAUCUCUCUAUUCGCCAUCUGCGGAGGUGAAGGACGCCGCCCACGAAGGCCUACGGAUCGUGCUCACGCACCAGAGUCGCCUGCCUAAGGAGCUACUUCAGACCGGUCUUCGUCCUAUUCUGAUGAACCUUGCCGAUCCCAAACGUCUGUCCGUACCUGGACUGGAAGGCUUGGCGCGCCUCCUCGAGCUUCUCAACAACUAUUUCAAGGUCGAGAUCGGGCACAAGCUCUUGGACCACUUCCGCAUCGUGGCCGAUCCACAGAUGCUGCACCAAUCAUCGCGUUUACCGCUGGCCGAGAACGACGGUAUCAUGAAGCUCGUACGCUUGACGAACAUUUUUCAUCUCUUGCCGUCAGCGGCGAAUAUCUUCCUCGAGAAUCUCGUCAACGUCAUCGUCCAAGUGGAGGCGCAGAUGCACUUCUCCGGUCCCAGCCCCUUCUCAGAGCCUUUGGCCAAAUAUCUCAACCGCUAUCCUAUCGAGGCCAUGGACUUCUUCAUGAAGCAUAUUCAACUUUCUCGACACCUCAGGACCCUGCGGAAUAUCCUCCAGGAGAAGAGAGCACCGCAUCUUCAGCGCGAGCUGGCGGCGCGGACUCACAUUAUCGUUUCCGACUGUCUGAGCAUGGAACAUCCGGCGUACAUCAUACCCGGGUUGCAGCUUUGCUUGGACCUCGCGAAUAUCUUUCCUGCGUGGGUCGUCGAGAACUCGUACGUCAUCGAUGCUUGCGUCCGAAUAUGGCGCUCGGAAACGCCGCCACCCGAGGAGGAUGCGGAGGCGAUCUCCAACGCCAUUCAACGGCACACUCUGAUCAUCGCGCUCUUUGAGAAGGCCCUCCAAGCUAGCCCUCGUGUCGACCUCCUCUUCGAGAUCAUCACAAUCUAUACUCGCAGCCUUCCCAUGGACCUCGUUCGACUCACUCGUUUCCUCUACCAACACGCAGCUUUCAGUGAAGACCUCGCAUUCCAACGCAACAUCCUCUAUCGAUUCUUGAAGUGGUUCUCUGACCCGCAAUUUGGAUGGGCAAGCAAAACCUUUUUCAUGCGAGUCAUCAUCACGCCAAUGCUUCUCAUCCGGGCAAAGGGCCCAUCGAAAGAUGGAUUGCUCGACGACGAUCUCGUUGCCGGCAUUCAUCGAUCCUUAUGGCACCCCGUCAACGACGGAAGGACGUUCUCCGACGCAGACGACAUGUUCAGCAUCGAGUUGCUUCAUCUGACCACCACCAUCGUCCAAUACUACCACGACCAGCUUGAGAUUGCAAGGAAAGAUAUCGUCAAGUGCGCGUGGCACUACAUCACCAGCGAGGACAUGAUCGUGAAGCAGGUUGCCUACCUCCUUGCUGCUCGUUUCUUCGACACCACCGACACUCCUCUCAAGUUCAUUCUUCGUGCUUGGACGGGCUUGUUGAAGCCUCCUCACCACGAGGGACGCAAUCUUGUUCGCCAGGCUCUCGACACACUCGCUCCAGCUUUGCCUCGUUCGAAAGCGUUUCCUCAAGAUACUGGACCCUACCCGCAAUGGGCGAAGACAACGCGUAGACUCUUAGCUGAGGAUAGCAACGGCCUUUCGCAACUCAUCAUUGUCUACCAGCUCAUCGUUCGCCAGUCGGAUCUGUUCUAUCCUGUCCGCGCUCUCUUCAUCCCUCACAUGGUGAACUCGCUUUCUAAACUUGGUCUUCACGGCACUGCAUCGGGUGAAGCGCGCCUCCUGACCAUCGACAUGAUGCGCGUAAUCUUCGAGUGGGAGCAGAAGGCGAUCGCGGAACAGAACUCUGGUGGUCCACCACCGACCUGGCUCACUCCCCUGGGAUUCCGUGAGAGCAUCGUCAGUUACACUGUCAGACUUGCCACAGCAGCACACGAUCCCUCGUCUAGGCAAGUGGUGACUCCGAAAGCUCUCGAAUUACUGCGCGCAAUGGUCGGGAAAGGUGGAUGGAGCGAUGUGACGGUGAAAUUGAAUUACUUCUCGCGUCAACUGGAACAGAACGAACUCAACGCCGAGACACCGAUUCAAGUAGCCAUCAGCGCCUCCAAGGUUCUUCAAGUUGUGGCUGCGGACAAAGACGACGAGUGGUUCACAGAACCGGAGAAUGCGACUAUUUUGCAACGCCUUGUGCGAAAGGGCAUGGUCACGGACGAGCCUGCGCUGCACGAUGCUCUCUAUCCUGUCUUCGAACGGCUGAUGCGUCUAUUUCCUCUUCCAAAAGAAGAUGAAGAACAGCAAAGUGACGCUUCCGACUUCCACAAGUUCGUGCACGAUGCCAUAGGCGAGGGCUUGCGUAACGGUACUACCCUGCGAGGAACUCUCCUCAUGCUCAAAUCUGUCGUCCAAGUCGUUCCCGAACGCGUCGAAACGUUCAGCGGACCUCUCGUCAAGCUCCUCAACAAGCUCGCCAAAGACCAUUCGACGACCCAGGCAAUGACCAGCACGUUCGAGAACACUGUCCGUCUUAUCACUGCGAUCCUCGAAAUUUGCCAACUUUCAGCCUCUUUCCUCGGGAAUGACCAACGCCGAUUCUUCAUUGCCUCUGUAGUCGUCCUCGUCGAGAAGUCCAAGAGUCCAAGUCUCUGCCGUUACAUGCUUGACAUGGCGCGUGACUGGGCUUUGAACCGGCGCGAACCAUAUCCCAUAGUCAAGGAGAAGGCAACGGUGCUGCUGAAGAUGCUCACCUUCGAGGCGCGUGGUGACACCUUGUUCAACUCGUACUUGGAGUUGAUCUACGAAAUCUACACUGAGCCAUCGCUGCGCCGAAGUGACUUGACCACCAAGAUGGAGUCCGCGUUCCUAGUGGGCUGUCGCGCUCGAGAUCCGGGCAUACGAGAACGCUUCAUCGACCUUCUAGAUGUCAGCGUGCCGCGGUCAUUAUCGAGUCGACUAUCGUACAUCCUCGGCGUCCAGAGCUGGGAGCCCCUCGCCGACAGCCAUUGGAUCUAUCUGGCCUUACAUCUUCUUCUCGGUACCGUCGAUCCAGAUACUCCCAUGCUCUCCGACCGGAAGCCGUCGCUAUCGGCCACGGCAUCGACCACCAUGUCAUCCCAGCGGCGCGUCCAAGACAUCAUACGACCUAUGCAACGUCUUCUCUUCCUCGAUCCAUUCGUGGCUCAUGAUAUCUGGGUGUCCUUGUUCAGUGCGGCGUGGUCGUCCAUUACUCGACGAGAACAGUCGGACAUCACCCAUCAAAUGAUCUCUCUGCUGAGCAAGGAUUAUCACAGCCGUCAGGCUGAGCUACGUCCGAACGUCGUGCAGACACUCCUGACCGGCAGUAAUGCAUGCUCGCCGCCGAUGACACUUCCGCCCCAUCUCGUCAAGUACUUGGCAAAGGCGUACGGGGCUUGGCAUCCUGGUUUCGAGAUCCUGCAGACAAUGAACCGUAGCUUGGAAAACGAAGCUGCCGUACGCGACUCCAUUCAGGACGCGUUGGCCGAACUCUACGCUGAACUAGCUGAGGACGAUCUGUUCUAUGGUCUAUGGCGCCGUCGGUCUCUUCAUAUGGAUACGAACAUCGGGAUCUCCUUCGAACAGAAUGGAAUGUGGGAGCAAGCGGCUGCCGUUUACGAGGCCGCCCAAGGGAAAGUACGUUCAGGAACGCUGCCGUUCUCAGAGCAAGAGUACUGCCUAUGGGAGGACCAUUGGAUUCUGGCCGCAGAGAAGCUUCAACAAUGGGACAUCUUGUAUGAAUACGCCCGAAGUGACAACAACCAGGAAUUGAUGCUAGAGAGUGCGUGGAGGACCAAGGACUGGGCCGAACACUACGAGACGCUAGAGGAGCAGAUCGCCGCUCUCCCAUCCGCCUCCACUCCCCGCAGUCUCGUCUUCAAAGCUUUCGUCAACCUCCUGAAGAUGCCCAAUGCCCUUUCCAAGAAUGAGGAGUUCACCAAACUGCUCGAAGACGCCAUGCAACUCACGCUUCGUAAAUGGGUCGCACUUCCCCAACACCUCUCCACCGCGCAUGUACCAUUGCUGCAGCAUUUCCAACAGUUCGUCGAGCUUCAAGAGGCUGUCCAAAUCUUUGGUUCACUCUCGAACACCACGGCUCAGAAUUUGGAGAAGAGGUCAUCAGAUCUGAAGAUGGUCCUUCAAGCGUGGCGAGAACGGCUUCCCAACCGCUGCGACGACAUUAGCGUUUGGAGCGAUCUCGUGGCAUGGAGAACGAACGUCUUUAACGCGAUCAACAGGGUCUACGUUCCUCUGAUCACCGACGCAGCACAGGCUCCGGCCGGGACCAACAGCAACACCUAUGGCUACCGCGGAUACCACGAGACGGCUUGGAUCAUCAAUCGUUUCGCACAUACCGCUCGCAAACACGACCUACUCGAGGUUUGCUUCAGCCUACUGAACAAGAUCUAUACCUUGCCCAAUAUCGAGAUCUCAGAGGCAUUCCUGAAGCUUCGUGAGCAGGCCCGCUGUCAUUACCAAAAACCCAACGACCUCCAGGCCAGCAUGGAAGUCAUCAACAACACGAACCUUGUGUUCUUCUCCAUGUCUCAGAAGGCAGAGUUCUAUACUCUGAAGGGCAUGUUCCACGCGAAAGCAGGUCGACAAGACGACGCGGACUCUACCUUCAGUCAGGCCGUUACGAUGGACAUGGGUCAGGCGAAGGCCUGGGCAGAGUGGGGAAAGUGGAACGACAGGAUGUUCAAGGAAAAUCCGGAUACCAUGUCUUAUGCAGCUCACGCGAUCAGCUGCUACCUUCAGGCGGCCGGCUUGUACAAGAACGGGAAGAGUCGCCCACUUCUUACUCGCAUUCUAUGGCUUUUGAGCAUCGAUGACCCUUCAGCCACAGUCGCACGCGCGUUUGACCAGUUCAAGGGAGACCAUGCGUUCUGGUACUGGAUCAGUCUCGUCCCGCAGCUAUGUCUCUCGGUCUCCCAUCGCGAAGUCAAGCAGGCGCGCUUCAUUCUCUUGAACCUUGCCAAGCUGUAUCCACAGGCACUCUUUUUCCAUCUCCGCACCACGAGAGAAGAUAUGUUGGCCAUGAGGAAACAGAAUUUGUUGCAACAGCAGAUUCAGCAACAGGCUCAGCAGCGGGCGAUGCAAGCGAACAUGAGCGUCAAGCAGGAGCCGGGCUCAAAUGCACCCAGCCCGACGAAGAUCGAAGGACAUAAUGGAGGAGUUCCUGACGGCAAUCAGGCCAUGGCUUCGACAGGUCAACAGACCAAGCCGAACUUGGCGCAAGCCGAGGUUGUUCCCAAGUCGUAUGACUCUGUCGAGGAAGUCGCUCAAAUUCUACGAACUGCCUUCCCGUUGUUGAUCAUGACUAUGGAGACCAUGGUGGCCCAAUUGCACGAGAAGUUCAACACCACUCCAGACGAAGAAUGUUAUCGUUUGAUUUGCAUGUUGCUCCAAGACGCAUAUGGGCACUAUGAGAAACGUCUUACUAUUCCUGAAGACAACGACGAGCUUCACCCAGGUUGUAUGCCAACUUUGAAGCGCUUUUCUGCCCAAUACGAAGCUGACUUCAUCAACCCUACGCUUUCGUUCUCGGAAUACAUCCGUCGCCUGCAACAAUGGCGAGACCGAUACGAGCUGAUUCUAAGUGCUCGACCCCGAGUUCAACCUCUAGAUCUGUUCAGUCACUGGAUGACGGACUUCCAGUACACAAGAUUCGAUGACGUUGAGAUUCCGGGGCAAUACACUGAGGACAAAGACAACAACGCGGGUUUCGCAAAGAUCGCGAGGUUUGGUCCCCAUGUCGAGAACUUCCGUUCUUUAGGCUAUUGCAGUCGUCGUUUCACCAUCCACGCCAGCGACAACACGCAGGUAUCGUUCUCUGUGCAGGUUCCUCUCGGUCGGCACACUCGCAGAGAAGAACGUAUCAUGCAGGUUUUGCGGACGUUCAAUGGUAUCCUGGCACGCAAGAAGGAAUCUCGAAAGCGCAAUCUCGUCUUCCACAUACCAGUAACGGUGCCGUGCAGCCCUGCUCUUCGCCUGAUGCAGAACGACGCGUCCUAUGUCACUUUCGGAGAUAUCUUCGAAAAGUACUGUCAAGAGUCUAACGUCAAUAGAGACGAUACUGUGUUCGUCCCUGGAGAGAAGAUCAAGAAAACACUUCGGAUUUAUCGACAGGACCACCCCAAUGGCAAUGGGCAGCCGAGCAAGGCUGAAUACUUCAGCAUGAAGAAGGAGGUCUUCGACGAUAUCCAGGCGCAUCUUGUGCCCGACAGCGUCAUUAGCCAGUACUUGAUCCGCACGAUGGACGGCCCCACCGAACUGUGGCGAAUGCGUAAACAGUUCUCUCUGCAGAUUGCGGCCACCAACUUCAUGACCUACCUCUUCUGCCUCACGAGUCGCACACCGACGAGGUUCCAUCUGUCGAGGACGACUGGUCUCAUCGCGAUGAGCGAGCUCUUACCAGGGUUCUCCGGUCAGUAUCCACUCAUGGCAUCGUCAGACCAGGUCUCCUUCCGGUUCACGCCAAACAUUCAGCAUUUCAUCGGUCCUAUCCACACAGAGGGCAUCGUCACUUCCGGGAUGUUAGCCAUAGGGAGAAGUCUGACGCAGCCUCAGUACGAUCUUGAGUCGCAGCUCUGCUUGCUUUCGCGAGACGAGGUCAUCACAUGGCUGCAUGCGAACAAGCGGCCAUAUCUGGUCCACGACCUCGCUUUCCGAAAGAGCGUUCAGGCUAUGAUCGAAGGAAUUGUGAAGCGCGCGGAGAGUAUGGCAUGUCGUUUCGAACGGGAAGCAAACCCCCCUGCUCAAGUGCCUGUCGUUGAGACUGUCGUCAACCUGAUUUCGAUGGCCUCGGAUCCCAUGAAUCUCGUGAAGAUGAUGGACGUUUAUCAGCCUUGGUUCUGA